GAGAAGCAAAAUAACAACGUGCACGCAGCAUUCGCGGUCGCAGCGCAUUCAACGCUGAAGGUAACGAACAAGGCCAACAAGUUCAGAGUCUAUAGUGCACCCAGCGUAGCGAGGAAAGCAGACACCGACAAAGGCAACAACAGAAGCCAACGACCACCGCCGCGGUCGCUUCGUAAAAGGUCUGCGUGGGGAGGGGACAUUGGGAACACCGAUGCGACGAGCGAGUGCGGAUGCGACUCGCCUGAAUGCGCUUCGAACGUGCGUCCGGGACUUUCAAUGCGCGGCCGCCCGUGGCUCCGAAAGCAGAAGCGACCGCUGCGGGCUGGCCGCCGAAAAUGGGGCCACCACUUUUAUGGCCCGGCUGUGUCCGGGACGCGGGCGACCGCCAAGCGAGGACAACGUCCCCCGAAUGCAUUUCUGUGGACCUCAAGCCGGACGACCGCCACAGCACCGGGGACAGCCCGGGAGCACGGCCGACCGUCCGACGAGGCAGCAACCGCCCAUCGCCAUGCAGUUUGUCGCAUCGCUUGGAGCCAUAGGCUUGGUCCUCGUACACUGGUUGCCGGCCGUCACAGCCUGGCCACCACAGCCCACCGACUUCUGGGCAGCCUACAGGCGUUUCUAUCCAGUAGAUGGCGGGGUACCGUGGACGGCCCAGUCAAGCCCAACCAGCAUUGUGUUUCCUACCCAGCGUUACGCACCAGACAGGAUGGACCCGUACAGAUUCGGCUUCACCACAGAUCGCUAUGGUCGUGGCUUCGGCUACAGCUGCAAGGAUGUGUUCGAGUGUCAGGCGCUCAAAGAGAAGCAGGAACUUGCCGCCGAGAGCUACCGCGCCUUCUCUCCUCAGAGCUUCGCGGCGCCGCCACCCCUGGCCGCUUACCGCGAGCCGACGAUGGCCGAGCGGGCCCCGUCGGGACACCAGAGGGGCGGCGCUCCGCCAGCACGCUUUGCACCUGCACCGAGGCUGCCCCCAAUCUCGCCCUACUGGUGAUCGAACCGCAACUCCCGCUCUGUGAAGGGAAGCGAAUAGAGAAGAGGCUGCACUACACAAGUGCUCACAGCUAAGUCGCAGGUGGAAGCACAACUCACUUUUGCUGUCAACAGCCGCAACGCUCAUUUGGAGGCUUACCGCAUGGUGGACGUUUGUAUUCAUGGUCUCGAAAACAUUGUCUUCCGCAAAUUUUGCGUUCCUAGAGGUUGCAUCAUGGCGUGCAGGCCGCGAUAACGUCCUGCGCAGAGACUACAUGCAUAGUGAACAUUCUCAGCUGGGAUCAAGGCUCAGAA